AAAAGACUAAACGAAAUGGGUGUGACCGAGUCAGUUGAGAUGGCACGAGAUGGGACCCACUUUCAGUUCGCUCUACUUAUUGUUACUCUUCUCCGUGCGUGUGUCUCUUAUUGUCUGGAGAAGAAGAAUCCCAACCUAGCUUCACUCCGAUCAGGUAAAAUGGCAGGGGAUACUAAUAGAAGAGAAGGAAAAACUGUUAUGGUUCCAAAAACUGAGGAUUUGGAUUAUGAGUUACCACCUUAUACUACCUUUUCAGGGGAUGUUGGGCUCAAUGUUGCAAGUUCAUCUGGAGGAAAACUACGAGCAUUCUUUAUUGGAAUGGGAUUCCUACCAUGCCUUGUUGAUAAAGUGAUAGAGGAGAAUGGUGAAGAAAAUUCUGAAACUUUAUUAGAAGCUCUCUUGAGAUAUUCUGCUAAUAAAUCCAACUGUGACUCAUUUGAUUCUUUGGGUGGUUCUCACAAUACAAACAGGGGUACAAGUGCCCCAAAUUUCUAUCCUGGUGGCCACUCAAAAGAGGCUCUUCAAAAUUCAAAUUCACUGUCGUCUGAUUCUCUGGAUAGUUUAUUUGAUGAUAAGGAUCCUCCAGAGAUUUCCAAUGUCAAUCAAGCGAAAGAGGAGCCUGAUGAACUUAGUGGAGUCAUUGAUGAUAGAAGAGGUUCCUUACUGAUGAUGAAUUUCUCUGCAGAGGAAGUUGAUUUCGCAAUUCACAAGCUUGGUAAUGAAGCAUCAAUUCCUGAGCUAGUGGACUUCAUCUUUGCUGUGCAGAUUGCAAAAAAAUUGAAAAAGGAACCAGAUGAUAUCACCUAUUAUGCCAAAGGAAAUGAGGUCAGCAAUGAAAAACUAUUUGGAAUUAUGGCAAAAACACUUCAAUUGUUUGAAAUGGGCUUCUCUGAGAAUGAAGUAUCAUCAGCAAUUGAUAAAUUAGGUCCAGAGGCUCCAAUUUCAGAGCUUGCAAACUUUAUUUUUGCAGAACAAAAUGGGAUCGAUUAUGUGAUGGAAUACAAGUUUCCCACCACUUCUGCUUAUUCUGUGGGGAUCAAAGAUGAACCAGAAAUGGAUUUAUAUGGUACAGCAGAAGUGAAACCUGAGAAUUUUAGCCAUGAACCUUCACAAUCAUAUCAGGUCAACUUAGAAGAAACUUACAAUGAUAAUAGGGUGAAGGAAGAAGAGUGUAUUGAUGAGUUUCCCAGCACUGUUUCUGACCAAUAUAUGGAUUUUGUGGAGAAUGAUAGAGGUAAAAGGCCUAAGUAUGAACAUGAUGAUUCAAUCUCUUGUCUUGAUCCUUGUUGGGUGGAAGAAAGGGUAGAUGCUGUUGUUGCAGAAAUAUCAAAACGUCCUAAACCAAAUCCAUCCAGGUGUCUUAGCAGUGUAGCAGCAAAGCCACCAUUUUUCUUAUUUGGGAAUGUUUCAAACAUAUCCUAUGAUUCAUGGUCAAAGAUGUCUCAGUUUUUAUAUGGUAUUGAACCUGAAUUUGUGAAUGCUCAGUUAUUUUCUGCUUUAGAUAGAAUAGAAGGUUAUAUACACAAUCUUCCGGUUGAAAACAGGUUCCACAUCCUUCCAAAACCACCUAUGACUAUCGAAGAUGCAAUACCGCGGACAAAGAAAUGGUGGCCACCUUGGGAUUCAAGGAAGCAAUUAAGCAACAUAUAUUGUGAAACUAGUGGAAUAGCCCAAACUUGCGAUAGACUAGGAAAUAUUCUUGCUGAUUCUGGUGGAGUGCUCACAUCUGGACUUCAGAAGGACAUUCAUCGUUAUUGCCGUGGAUUAAAUCUUCUGUGGAUUGGUAAAUACAAACUGGGACCUGUAGAGCCUGAACAGUUGGAGCUCAUUUUAGGCUACCCUGUGAAUCACACUCGUGCUGCCGAGGGCAAUUUGACUGAAAGACUUAAAUCCCUAAAAUACAGCUUUCAGACAGACACAUUGGGGUAUCAUCUUUCUGUGUUAAAGCCCAUCUUCCCUCAUGGAUUGACAAUGUUAUCACUUUUUAGUGGUCUUGGUGGGGCAGAAAUUGCCCUACAUCGCCUUGAUAUUAAAAUAAAAGCUGUUGUCUCAAUUGAAACUUCUGAUGCAAAAAGGAAGAUUCUUGAUAGGUGGUGGCGUCAUUCUGGACAAAGUGGGACUUUGGUUCAAAUCGAAGAUGCUCAAAAGCUGACUAGUAAAAAACUUGAGAGUCUUAUCAGUAAAUUUGGUGGUUUUGACCUGGUCAUUUAUCAGAACCCAUGCUCUUACUCAGGUUCCAAGCUUCAAGCCGGUGGAGGUCUCUCAGCUCUUGAUUUUUCGGUGUUUUGUGAAUGUGUACGGGUCUUGCAACGUGUAAGAGCUAUGUGUCAAAGGAAGUGAGUGAAGUGACUUGCUCGAAUGUUCUUGUAAAAAAUUGUGUCAUUCGAUGUCUUUGGUGACUUGCUCUGUUCUUAUCUGAACAUUUUACUUAGCUGGCUGUGUGAAAUUUUCAGUGCAGUAGAAUUAACUUUCUUUUUUAAUUUUCAUUGCAGUCAAUAAAAACUGUUCAUACAUGUAAAUGCAUUGGUAGGGUUAUUCAAAAAUGCA